AAGCAGCGUUCGAAACCUAAUGGGACAUAAUGUUCAAAAUUUAAUUAAUUAUUAGAAAAGAAGAGUUACAGUUGGUUGCACAAAAGAAAUUACAGUUGGCUGCGCAAAAUAAGAUAAAGACAAGAAGAGAAAAUGUUCGCAAAUUACGACUCACGGAACGCGCAUUUGAGAGACAUGACAAAAGUUGUAACGAUAGAGACUAAUUUUCUUGACAAUUAAUUUGCAAAAUUAUAAAUCGAUUAUUCUCGUUAGCGAGUGUAAUAAACAAAAUGCCAAGAGGCGUUCUGGGUUGAGCCUAUGUCGACAUCGUUCAAUAAGUCGAGAAGUCCCAGGAGGGCGAACGGACUAAUCGAAGUCAUGACUCAUGUGCAAGAGGUGCUCAUCGGGAUGGGGGAGACUCGACGGCGCCGUAAUUAAUCGCGCGGGCGUAAAUGAGAGACGAUCGUCGCGGGACGCGGAGGUGAUCCAUAGAUCGUGUCGGGCGCGAUCAGUCGCGGUAGCGCGGGCGAGGCGAGGGGAGGGUGGCAAGAUGGAACUCUUCCUGAUCCUCGUUUGCCUGGUCGCGCCGCCCGCCCUCUCGCUCUCCAUCAAGAGCAAGCUCAACCCGCGGAUCGUCCAGACGCGUUACGGGGAGGUGCAGGGUACCACGAGGUCCUUCGAUUAUGCCGCCAAGUUCCUCAAGCCGAUCGACGUGUACCUUGGAAUACCCUACGCCACACCGCCGGUCGGCAGCAACCGCUUCUCCCCAACGAGGGCGCCGAGUCCCUGGGACGGAGUCAGAUUAUCGGACUCGGUGGGUCCGGUCUGCCCCCAAAAGCUGCCGGACAUCGCAAACGAGCAGGAAGCGCUCGAGCGAAUGCCUAAGGGAAGGCUGGAGUAUCUGAAGAGACUGCUGCCUCAUCUGCGUAACCAGAGCGAGGACUGCCUCUACCUGAACAUCUACGCACCUGCCAUGGGUGAGUGAACGUACAGACCCUCCGGCGAUUCAGUCGCGCGAGCAACUUUGUAGCCGUCACGCGCGAUUACGUCGAUACGCCUUGCCAUAAAUAAAAAUCUCGAGUAUCUGAAUUUCAGUGACGUAAUACAUAACUUCAGUCUUGACGCCGUGGA